AUGGGUGCUCACAAAUAUCUCGAGGAGCUCGCGAAGAAGAAGCAAAGCGAUGUCAUGCGCUUCCUGCUCCGUGUUCGCUGCUGGGAGCUCCGCCAACUGAACGUCAUCCACCGCGCUUCCCGUCCAUCACGCCCGGACAAGGCUCGCCGGCUGGGAUACAAGGCCAAGCAAGGCUAUGUCAUCUACCGUGUGCGUGUGAGGCGAGGUGGCAGGAAGAAGCCGGUGCCCAAGGGUGCCACAUUCGGCAAGCCAACCAACCAGGGUGUCAACCAGCUCAAGUUCCAGCGCUCUCUCAAGAGCACAGCCGAAGAGCGUGUUGGCAAGCGGUGCGCCAACUUGCGUGUCCUCAACAGCUACUGGAUCAACCAGGACAGCACUUACAAGUACUACGAGGUCAUCCUCGUCGACCCCGAGCACAAGGCCAUCCGUCGUGACCCGCGCAUCAACUGGAUCGUCAACCCGGUGCACAAGCACCGCGAGAUGCGUGGCUUGACGGCAACCGGCAAGAAGAGCAGAGGCCAGAACAAGGGCCACAAAUACAACAAUACCCGUUCGGGCAGGAGGCACGUAUGGAAGAGGCAGAAUACGCUCAGCUUGUGGCGGUACAGGUAGAGGGGUGUCUAAGGUGCUGGCGUUGUUAUUCACAAUGGCACUGGACCUUCAUGCCACACACCGGCUCUCGAUUGCGUUGCACGCGAUAUGGUGGCUUGGUGGUUGCACUUUAUAUGGCGUAGCUGAAAUGCAAGUCAAGGUCAAUGCAUCACAAUGGCUCAAGACCAGCUAUCUCCCACUAUAUUUUAACAUUUCCAUAUUUGAUGAGAUGGCUGCCACGUGAGAGGCUUUAGCGUGUGCAGCACGUAGUGUUGUCCGAAGCUAGAACACUCGUCUAGAAGGUAAUCGACGCCGCGUCGCGGCCAAGGGUUUGUGGCGUGCGUGGAGGUGCCUUGGGCUUCUCCACCUUCGGGUGCUUGGGUAU